AUGGGUUAGACCCGAUUCUCAUAAUCUCUGACAUUUCAAAAUUUCUCUUCCAAAUCAUUUUUUAGAUCAUUUGGCAUCGUAAACCCCACGAAUCGAAUGUCUACAAGUAGUGGUGAGCACUCUUUUGAUGUAAAGGAGCUAUUGGAGAUUAGGGCAAGAUGUAAAGAGCUUAGGAAAGAAAAGGAUACACUGAGGGGUUCACAAGGUCAGAGCGUUGAACUGAUCAGACCAAUUCAUUUCAUGACAUGUACCCUCUUAGUCCCAAUGUCCUUUCUUUUUAUCUCAUUAUGUCUCAAGAAAAUAGAACAGCAUGUACAGACAUUAUCUGAGGCCCGAGAAGAAGACAAAUAUCACACCCAGAAGCUGAAAAGUGAGCUGGAGAACUGUUCCCAAGAGAUAGGUGAUAUCUUUGGCUUUUGUUGCUUGGACUCUUCAAAAAUGUUGAUGGGGCGUGUAUUAGAUUCUCCAAAAGCAGUUAUUUUUGGAGAGUCGACACAGGAUCAGCUGAAUUUGAGGAAUGAAGAGAUGGAUUCUCUGAGUAAGUGUGUAUGCAGCCUUCAAUUGAAACUUGCAAACCUUGAAAACAUGGAAGAAGAGGUUACAAGGUUAAGGGAAGAGUUGGAAAUGUCAAAUGCUGAACGGUUAUAUUUGUUGCAGCAAUUGGAAAACAGAGAGUUAGAGACAGAGGGUUCAGCUUUGUGCAUAGAGAGACUAGAGGAGUCAGUAGCAUCCAUAGGUCUAGAGCAUCAAUUCGAAAUAGAGAGUAUAAAGCUUGAUUUGAUAACCAUGGAGCAGAAUUAUUUCAAAGCUAAGAAAUCCCAGGAUGAAACUGCUCAAGAUAAUGCUAUGAUGAACGAGCUUAUUCAUGACCUCCAACUUCAAAUUUAUGAUGCAGAAAAAGUUAUCGAAAGUUUGGAAAAGGAAAAUGUAAAUCUUAGGGAACAACUCCAGACGUCUGAAAUGAAUGCCAGAACAUUUUCUGAAAAAGUAGAGGAGCUAUUUCGUGGUUUGAUACCGAACAAUGAUGACAGCUCCUCAAGUAAAGAAGAUGCCAGUGCUUCUAGCUGCUGUGGUGACAUUUUGGGUCCACUCCUUAUCAAACUGGCUUCUCUAGGGCCAUCAGAUGUCGACUUGACUGACAAGAGGAAGAUAAUGGCAGGUCAAAUACAGAAUAAUGAAUCACUUGUAAAGCAGCUUAAGGAAGAGCUGAUAAUGGAAAAGCUAAAAGCCAAAGAAGAAUCAGAGGAUUUAGCUCAAGAAAUGGCUGAGCUGCGGUAUCAGAUGACUGGGUUGCUGGAAGAAGAACGGAAACGUCGUGCAUGUGUUGAACAAUUAUCAUUACAAAGAAUAGCCGAGUUAGAAGCACAGGUUGAAAAAGAAAGGAUGAAAUCCUUCACUGAAGAAGAUCAAAGUAAAUCUAUCACUGUUUUCAGACAUGUCAGUGAAGCAUAAAGACAGGUCAAAUGUUGUAAUUGGGAGCAUAUCUGCUGGUGGAGCGUGUGUUUCAGAUGGAAUGAAGACUUCUUAUGCUGGAUGUAUCAGUGUGGGUUUUCAUGUUGUAAAGACUUGUUGGUUCCAGAUGAAGUGCUAAGUUGGAUGUAUCAGUGUGGGUUUUCUUGCUGAACCAUGGAAGUGUUAUUUAUUUGAGCUUUAAUUAUUGGGUGUUCGAGUCCAUUGUGGACAGUUUGUAAUCAGUGUUGUCUCAGAAGGUGCUUGCGAACUUUACUAAAGGGGUGUGCCGCGUCUGAAUUGUAUAUUUUUUGAGUGGGAUUUUGGACUAUAGAACCAGGUUACUUUAUAAACAAAAAUGUUUAUCUUUACAAUUCAUACUAAAACAUAUGAAUAUCCUGAGUUCAUAAA